AUGAGAAGAGCUUUCUUCCACAUAAAUGCAAGGUUAUUUAAAUCUGAUAACAAACAACUCCGUUCGACACUAAACUUCUUAACCAAAGGCUCUACUCUUUCAACAACACUAUCUGAGCUUUUAGAGCCAGGAAGUAACUCUGAAAAGUCUGCUCUCAAAAAAGUUAAAGACCCAGAAGCAACGAAGCAUGUUGAAACUAUUCUAGACGUUUUAAAUUCUACUUUACCGAAAUCUAAAUUACACACAUCAAAAGUACAAGGCCACUAUGAUUUCUUAUUUCAACAAUUGAAAGUUAUACUGAGGAAUACAAUUAAAGAAACUGGAUCAAUUCAGAGUUCUCCAAGUGCUCUUGAAAGUUUGACUUCAGAAGAAUUAUACAACAGGUUGAUACUUUUAAAACUCUCAAACAAAUUGACCAUCAGCGAAGUUUGCAAGAUUGUUCUAUCUAAAAACUUCAAGCAUUACGAUUCUCUGUGGUCAAAUAUUACACUUUUCGAUGAUAUGGAAAUGCUACAGGUAUCAUUGUUACUGUAUUAUAAAACACACAAAAUGGAAAUAUAUAAAGAGUUGAAAAAUAAGUGGAUAGAUAAUUACUCGACCUUUCAAGCCUCAAUUCGACGAAUAUUUUGGAGAUGUGCCCUCCAUGAUAACUUAGAUAUCAAUGAGAUUAUCGUAAAACUUCAAAAAUGGGACAACAAGGAACUUAUUAUCCUAUAUCAGUCCUUAUUUGAAAUUUCAAAUAGAUUACCCAUUUUAGACGACUUAUCGUACAACCAGGGGCUCUUCAUCAGGUCACUGAGAGCAUUGGCAGUCAAUACUAUUAAGUAUAAAAAAUGGAUGGUUAAAAUUGUGAAAUUGAGUUUAAAACUGAAAUUGUACACAGAGGAGAAAACUCAAAUAGACAAUCAGCUAAUCUCACGGUAUAAAUUUGCGUCAUCGCUAAAUUUAGUUCUUCAAGAAGUGUAUAACAUGUGCGAUGAUACAGUAUUACAAGAGGAGUUAAGAGACAUUUUUAAAAUGAUAGAUCAGCAAGAACAAAAAAUGAAAACACAAAUUUCAUUGAAAUUCGUCUAA